AUGAGGGAGAGAGUUGUGGUUGUGGUGUUUGAGCUGCUUGCUCGAGGAGGGAAAGAGGUGAAGGCCUACUUGUGCAAACCUAUGGGAGGUUGGUGUUGGGCACACGCACCUGGUCGAAGGUGCAGCUACUAUGUUAAGUACGUGCGAGAGCAAGCUAUAGGAAGGGCUAUUAUGCUAGGCACGCACGAGCUAGAGACAGUGGGCUGCUGGGUGCACUACUUGAA